GCUUCCAGUCGGUGGUUUGAUUAAAUUCGAUAUUUUUGCAUUUUGCAUUUUCUUGUAGAGUUUAUUGAGUUGAGUUGAGUGCCGUGUCCUCCUCCUCCAGGUCUACGUUGGAUUGUGCGAAAUUGUUCACUGUUUAUGUUUGAGAUAGAGACUCGUUAUAUUUGUUAAAUUCUUUUGUUUUAGUGAUUUAUAGGACUUCAGAUAUUAUGUCGCUAUCUAGUAAAAAGUGUUGUGUUCUUGGUUGUAUGGAUUCAGACAGUAUACAGAAGCCUCUGCAUUUAUUUCCGAAUCCAGUGAAAGACAGACUACGCUUUAAUAUAUGGGUCCAUUCUAUUGGAGGUGAUAUUAUUGGGUUGGAAUCUGAUGACAUAUACAAACACCGCCGUGUGUGUCAUGCUCACUUUGAAGAAAAGUUCUGUUGCCGCUAUGGUAGAUUGAAUAAUAUUGCUACACCAACAUUAAACCUGCCAGGACCACUGGCCCUACCCCAAUUCACCUUUGCAGAAAGAAGACCACUACGACAGAUGCAAUACUUACCAGAACAUGUACCGUCAACCACAAAAGAUUUUGCGGUUGAUGCAUUGGCUACAUCCAGUACAUAUGCUUGGAUGGAAGAAAACAUAGGUAUGAUCUGCUAUUUAAUAUAUUCUAUAUUUACCAGUAGGACUUAGAUGUGAUAUGUGAGAUAAUUUUCCCAUUACUUCAUUUUGUGCCAGACAUUUCCUUGCCCUAAAAUCCCUCUCAGAAAUGAGAAAAGGCCUGUGCCCAGCAGUGGGAUGUAUAUACGCUGUAACUUUAACUUUUUAACUUUAUCUUGUGCUGGAGCGGGAUGUGACUAUAAAGGUACAAUAACUUUGUCUUUUUCAGAUCCAUCUGUUGUCAUCUCAGAUGUGUCAAAUACUAUAACUAAAGUAAAUGUAGCUGAGAAUGCAAUACCAGAAUUGUCAAGCAUGAUAAAAGAAUCUACUCUUGAAGUAAAUGUAGCUGAGAAAAUAUAUAACAGUAACUUGAGAUUAUUUUUUAAUACAACAAUUUAUACAUAAAAUGUUAAUUCCUAAUUUAAUGGGUUUUAGAAAUUAACUUUAGGCUAAUAAUAUAAUUGAGAUGAAACAUAUAUCUGGUAACUAUCCAGUAUUUGGCCUCAUCAUCAUCAUUACAGCCCUUCACAAGUCCACUGCUGAACAUAGGCCUCCCCCAAAGAAUGCCACAAAGCACGGUCCUGAGCCACCUGCAUCCAUCGACUUCCUGCAUGUUUUACCAGGUCGUCACUCCAUCUCGUGGGGGGACGCCCUACACUUCGCCUACCGGUACGAGGCUGCCACUCGAGAACCUUUCUUCCCCAUCGGUUGUCGGUUCUUCGAGCUAUAUGGCCGGCCCACUGCCACUUCAGCUUACUAAUCCGUUGGGCUAUGUCGGUUACUCUGGUUCUACUGCGGAUAUCCUCAUUCCUAAGUUUAUCACGCAGAGAAACUCCGAGCAUAGCCCUCUCCAUAGCUCGCUGAGCGACCUUGAGCUUCCUCAUACGGCCAGCAGUGAAGAACCACGUCUCAGUUCCGUAUGUCAUCACUGGCAACACGCACUGGGUGUACAGUCUCGUUUUCAAGUUUUGAGGUAUACCUGACGAGAAGAUGUGUCGUAGCUUCCCGAACGCUGCCCAGCCGAGUUGAAUCCGUCGAUUGACCUCUCGGUCGAAGUUGGACUUACCUAGUCGGACUAUUUGUCCCAGGUAAACAUACUCGUCAACAACUUCGAGCUUAGUGCUCCCAACAACUACCGGCAUAGGUGUGACAUGGACAUUGAACAUGAUCUUUGUUUUGUCCAUGUUCAUCUUAAGACCUAUCCGUUGGGAAACACUAUCGAGGUCAUUGAGCAUAGUGCUUAGGUCCUCCAGCGAUUCUGCCAUAAGGACUAUAUCGUCGGCAAAUCGAAGGUGAGUGAUGUACUCGCCAUUGAUGUUGAUACCGUAUCCUUUCCAGUCCAGAAGCUUGAAAACGUCUUCCAAUGCAGCGGUGAAGAGUUUCGGGGAUAUGACGUCACCCUGUCUUACACCUCUCUGCAAUUGGAUAGGUUUCGUACUCUGGUUCUGUACUCGGAUAGCCAUCGUAGCCCUACUGUACAAGCACUUCAACACUUCGAUAUACCGACAGUCAACUUGGCACCGCUGAAGGGACUGCAGCACCGCCCAAAUUUCGACGGAAUCAAAGGCUUUCUCAUAGUCCACAUACGCCAGACAUAGUGGCAAAUUGUACUCUUCGGACUUCUGUACAAUUUGCCGAAGGGUAUAUAUGUGGUCUAUGGUGCUAAAGCCCUUUCGGAAACCGGCUUGUUCGGGAGGCUGGAAGUCGUCAAGUCUGCGCGCGAGACGAUUCGUAAUGACUCUCGAAAACAGCACGUAGACGCGGCUCAGAAGGGAAAUCGGUCUGUAGUUCUUCAAGAGAGCGUUGUCACCUUUCUUGAAGAACAAGACCACCGCACUUCUGCUCCACGCCUCCGGUGUAAUGCCACCAUGGAGGACGGAAUUAAAGAGCUUCUGAAGGACUUCAAGUACCGGUCUUCCACCCGCUUUCAGAAGCUCCGCUGUAAUUCCAUCCUCGCCUGGGGCCUUACCGUUUUUAAGGUGCUGGAGAGCCAUUCUAAUCUCGCUUAGACUGACGUCCGGGAUAUCUUCGGAAUAGUGUCGGAUGAGACUCGCUCUUGGAUCGUUACUCACACUUGCGUGUGGCUCCAACGAUGACGUGUACAGCUGCCCAUAGAACCUCUCAAUCUCACUCAAAAUCUCAGGUGUCCCGGAAACGAUGCUGCCACAUUCUGUCUUCAGCUUUGACAGGUGGCUCUUUCUGGCAGACAGAUCUCUGGCAAAGACUUUGGAGCCUUGGUUCCGCUCGAUCGCUUCUUUAAUACGAGCUGUAUUGAAGUUGCGUAAGUCCCGCCGCAUGCAUUUGGAGAUCUGUCUGUUCAGAUGCCUGUAUGCUGUCAAGUCUGUUGAAGAAUGUAGCUUCAUCUCCCGUCUAACAGCCAUGAGAUUAAGAGUGUGAUCGGAGAGUUUUUGUGUUCUUCUGCGGCGGGUCUUGCAGAACUUAGCUCCGACCGCAUGGACAGUUUCCACGAGCUUGUCAUUCAUAUCGUCCACUUCAUUGCAGUCUUCUAGGCACUGAAAACGGUUUUGUAACUCGAGCUGAAAGGUUUCGGGACUUUGGAACAGAGCACGAGGGGGACGGAGCGUUGACUUCAUUAGACGAGACCUCUUCAACUUAACGUUUAGGUUCAGUGUGCCUCUAACCAUUCGGUGAUCGCUACCAGUUUUCACCCUCGCGAUCACGGAGACAUCACUGAACAGUUGUCGUCUGGUCGUCAUAAUGAAGUCAAUCUCAUUUUUGUCGAACCGUCGGGGCUCGACCAGGUCCACUUCCUGUGGGGCCGCUUCUGGAAGAAAGAGUUCAUCAUAAAGAGUCCCUCUUUCUCCAUGAAGUCGGCCAGCUGCUGGCCCCUUGGGUUCCGUUGCCCUAUUCCAAAUUUCCCUACUUUCAGCUCACCGUUCUCUCUUGUGCCUAGUUUUGCAUUGAAGUCUCCCAUUAACACCGUAUAUUGGGUUUUGGAGGAAUGCAUGGCUCUAGAGAUAUCCUCAUACAUUUCCUCCACCUCCCCAUCAGGGUGUGCCGAGGUUGGUGCGUAAACCUGUAUGACCUUCAGCGAAUACCGUUUGGUGAUUCUGAGUAUAAGGUACGCAACCCUCGUCGACACACUCCCGAUCUUUACAACGUUGUUAACGAGAGACUUGUGGACGAUAAAUCCGACACCUCCUUGGGACAGAUGGUCGCCCUCCCGGUGAUAGAGCAAGUUGCCGGAUUCGAGGAUUACCGUGUCCUCCCCCUCUCUUCGGACUUCGGAUAAUCCUAUAAUAUGCCAGCGCAACUUGUCUAUCUCUUCUUCCAGCUCCACAAUCUUCUCGUCAGUCCUCAGGGUGCGUGCGUUGUACGUUGCCAGGUCGAGUCGUCUAAGGUGGCAACCGAACCUCCACCGGAGAUUCUUAGCACCCCCUGCCCCGCCGUUACCAUGGUCGCCACCGUAGCCAGGAAUAGCGGGGCCGCCGGGGACUGGGGGCCGUCUCUUCGUAACUUUCAUUAGGGGGGGUAUAUUGCCAUAGUUGCCACGCUUGGCGAGCGGGUUGGCAACCGCAGUUUUUUUAUUGUAAUUUUGGCUAUUAUCAGGAAGAUAUGGGGUAGUGGUAUUCUUGACCGCCACUACACGGCCACGGUAUUUGGCCUAUCUGGCCUAAAUUACUAUCCGGCUGGAUACCGGACAACAAAUGACUAUUCGGCCGGAUACCGGAUUAAAAAAAAAUACAUAAUAUCACAUUUAGUUAAGUACCUUAUUUAAGCCUCAUAAGAAAUAUAAUCAGUAGUCACAAAAUUUUAAUAUCAAAACUUAGAAAAUUAGUACUCAUACUGCACUAAAGGCAAAUUAUGGGGAAUAAGUACUAAUUUGUAUUUAAACUGCAUAGAAAGGUAACAUGCAGUUUCACCUGUCUUCAUAAACAAGGCUUGUUUCAGAAAAAAGUAUUUCGCUGUACACACUGCUGCAGGGUGCUGAAAGACAGAUUUUGGGAAACUUUGAUAAAUUAGGGUAUUGUGUAGCAUUAGCUGCCCACCAAAUACAAGAAGGGUCACGAUUGUGUGCAAUUCUUCAAAAUUGCAAUUGAUGUGUAAUGAGCUUAGCGAAAUACAGCUGACUCUGUCUCCUCUCCUCUGCUAUUUUUAGCCGGUGUUGAAGAUGAACUGCUAGUCCAAUAGAAUUUCCUGGUGAGCUCUUUCAGCUUCUACGCGAAAUACCUGAACGUGGCCCGAGUCACGCGUGCACACGAUCGCCACCACUAGUGCCACAUAUGCAAGUUCACUUUUUGCGAUGAACUUCAGAAUAUUCGGCUAUCUGGCGAUAAGAGUGGCCAAAUAUCCGGUAUCCCGCCAAACAGCUAUCCGUUUCAUCUCUUACACAUAAUAAGGUUUUAUUAAGUAUAGCUAGUAUUAGUGUAGAUAAACUUAUGUAGUAUACUGUUUUAUUUAUGUUUCUAAAACACAGUUGUUGGUUUGCAGGGUGCACUAAAAAGUCCAAAGUGUUAUAGAUUUUUAAGAAAAAUAUUCAUCUUACCGACUCCACAAACUCUCACAAAACUUUUAAACCAUGCAAAUAUAAAGCCUGGAAUAAAUAAAAGAAUAUUUGCUCAGAUAAAGAUAGCUACAAAAAAGUUUAAAGUUGAAGAGAGACUGUGCAUUGUUUUAUUUGACGAAAUGACAUUGAAAGCCAAUUUAACUUAUAAUGAGCGAAAAGAUAAGGUAAUUGGUUUCGCUACUGAUGGGCGGAAAACCAGACCUGACUAUGCUGAUCAUGCACAAGUGUUCAUGGUACGGGGAUUGAUAAAAAAUUAUAAACAACCCGUAUCGUACACAUUUUCUGCAGGAACUACAAGUGGACCGGAAUUAUCAGUGCAACUCAAAGAAGUAAUUAAAGAAUUACAGCGGGCUGGCCUUAUUGUGAUAGCAACAGUGUGUGAUCAAGGCACCAAUAACAGGCAAGCCAUUAAACUUUUAAUUCAGGAGACAAGAGGGAUUUUCAUAAAGUCUGGACGAGAACCUGUAGAAAAUAUGUUUCUUGUCAAUGAUCAGGAAGUCAUUCCACUGUUUGACCCUCCACAUCUAAUAAAAUGCAUUCGCAAUAAUUUAUUAACUAAAAACCUGACAUAUGUAGCAAGUGACAAGCAGUUGCGAACAGCAAAAUGGCAACAUGUUGAAUUGUUACUCAAAGAAAACCCUGGAUACAAAGGUAUAAGACUAAUGCCAAAGCUUACAGACAAUCAUGUCAUACUGAAUAAAAUUUCCAAAAUGAAGGUCAAAUAUGCCACACAAAUCUUCAGUCAAACAGUAGCAUCUAAUAUGGGAUAUUUAGCAGACAAAGGAAUUCUCCCUGAAGAAUGUAAAGAGACAGCUGAUAUUCUCCUUUUUUUUGAUCAACUAUUUGAUUCAUUAAACGGGAGCUAUACAAAACUGAAACAACAUGGAAAGCCAUUACUUGGACCUGCAAGACCAAAUUCUAGUCACAAUAAUGUAUGGAAUAAAGCUAAAAUUGAAUUGAGAAACAUGAAAUUUACAAACAUUGUAACAGGUAAAACUGAAAAAGUCCCUACUUUGGAAAAUUGGGUAUGGACACUAGAUGGUGUUCAAAUACUUUUAAAUAAAUUAAAAAACGAUUAUGGCGUAACCUCUGUUUGGAUGCGGCACCUAAAUCAAGACCCUAUAGAAAACUUUUUCGGGGCUAUUAGGAGCCAUGGGUGCCGCAAUACAAACCCCACAGCAGAAAGGUUUGAAAGUGCCUACACCAGCUUAUUAAUAAAUAACAUAUCAAGUGUCCAUGCCCCUGGGGCAAAUUGUGAAAAAGAUUAUUGUGAAGUUUUAUACACCCUCAUCAUAGAUGACUGCCAGGCCACGGUGACCAGUGAAGUUGAGAGCAUACCCACAGUGCAAGUAACUGACUUAAAUGAAAAAAAAAAAGAUCCUCGCGUGUUAGGCGCUGUACAAUUUGUGAGCGGAUAUUUUGUACGCAGUGCGAGGAAAAAGAUAUUUAAAAAUUGCCAGCAAUGCACUAAAGACAUGGUUGCCUCUCAAGAAAAUGAGUAUAUUAAACGCCGAGAAUAUGCUGGCAAACGUUGGCUUGUCAGUCCUUCCGAAUCUCUCCUCUCUUGCAUAUCUGCAAUGCAAGAUAUUACCAAUGAAAUUUUAAAACGUAAUUUAUAUUAUGAAAAUAUGAAAGAAUUCAUAAAAACAAUAAUACUUCUGCAUAUAGAAUUUGAUUUUUUAAAUUGUAGUCGACACAAAGACAAAGUGAUAGAAUUUGUUAUCAAUUUAUCUUGCAGAUUUUUCAUAAAUAAUUACUGUAAAGAUAUUAACAAAAUAUUAAAAGGGAGGAGAGACUCCAAUGAUGAUGAGGAUGUAUUUCAAAUAAAGGCGAAAAAAUAUUUUCAUAAGUGUUUUAAGAGACGAAAUAAAUGAUCAAUUUAAAU